CGAGAGAGAGGGAGAAAUGUUUGAUGCGUCAUAGUUUGUAGUAGAGUUAGCUAAUGAAAAGAAAACAAACGUUUUUCGUUUUGAAUAGUUGUUAAAGAGAAUUUUCUGGGACAUAAUUGUCACUGUAAGUCCUGGAGUACAGCAAAUAUCGAGUUAUAGUUUGGUUUGCUGAUAUGCUGCUAUAUUGACAUCUCUGUGUUGAAGUGUGCUGGAGCUUGGAGUGGAAGUUGUUAGCAUCUUAUUACAUCUUGACUGUUGGUGCUCACAACUUGUAACCGCGAGGAGCCUGCCUGACAGCACCAGGAUGGAGAUAAACCCAGCCCGGCGUUUCGACAGAGAUAUGAGUUUUGCCUGGUUUGCUCUGCAGACACCAUUCUCCACAACAACAGAUAUCACUGGACCAUCAUAAGGAAGCUCCCAAGGGUUUGCCCAAGAGCACUCCUGUCCACUUUUUUGGCUGCAUGUUUGCUGAAUUUCUGGUGCCAUCACGUCCGAUGGGAGACAUGCGUGGCUGAAGGAAAGGAGGGAGGUAGAAGAGAGACCCACCUGAAGCUCACACCUACCGCCGCCCUCAUCCAGUCCACCCCUCCUGCCCCUCAACACCCCAAGGAAAGAAAGCUCUUUGUGUGUAACGUCUGGAGCCUGGAAGGCUGAUGAUCAUGCUGUUGGCUCCUGUCUGUGUGCUGCUCAUGCUAGGGGGGCGUGCUCUGGCUGGAGGAUACCCCCCUAUGCCCCAGAUGAAGUACAUGCAGCCCAUGAUGAAAGGGCCUAUAGGACCCCCAUUCCGAGAGGGCAAAGGACAUUACAUUGAUAUGCCACCCAUGAUGGAUGUGAAGGGGGAACCAGGCCCACAAGGGAAACCAGGGCCAAGAGGGCCCCCUGGGCCACCAGGACUCCCAGGAAAACCUGGACUGGGGAAACCAGGUCUCAAUGGUCAGCCAGGUCCUCAGGGGCCUCCAGGUUUUCCAGGAAUUGGGAAGCCUGGACUUCCAGGUCUCCCAGGAAAGAUUGGGCCAAAGGGGAUGCCAGGACUUAAGGGUGAAGUUGGUCCUCGUGGUGAACCAGGUCCUAGAGGUCUUCCAGGGCAGCCUGGCCUCCCUGGCCCAGCUGGCCUAUCUCUGAAUGGAAAACCUGGGAAUCCAGGCAUCAGAGGACCCCCGGGGACUCGUGGAGAACCUGGACUAAAAGGCGGUCCUGGUGCACCAGGUGAGCGUGGGCUAAAGGGUGAGAAUGGACAUGGGAAGCCAGGCCCUCCAGGUCUAAGGGGCCCUCCAGGGCUAAAGGGUAGUACAGGCCCACCAGGUAUGCCAGGUAUUGGUAAACCCGGAUCAAUUGGGCCGCCUGGACAGGUUGGUUCAAAAGGUGAUCAAGGACUCCCAGGGGACCAUGGAGAACCAGGGGAGGCUGGGCCCCCAGGUCCACCGGGUCCAUCAGGGCAAGUGGGGUUAGGGAAGCCUGGGCUAGAUGGUUUACCAGGAGCACCGGGUCCACUUGGGCCAAAGGGUGAGCCAGGGCCCAGGGGUUCUCCUGGAUUUCCUGGGGCUCCUGGCUAUGGAAAACCUGGUCUGAUUGGACCAAAGGGUGACAAGGGCCAUAGUGGGUUGCCUGGCCUUCCUGGGGACAAAGGAGAGCCAGGAAUGGAGGGCCCAGUCGGGGAGCCUGGCCUUGAUGGACAACCAGGGUCUUCAGGACCUCAAGGCCCCAUGGGACUUCCAGGAAAACAUGGACUACCUGGACUGAAAGGAGACUUGGGCCCCCAGGGGCCUCCAGGUUUGCCUGGCCUCAGAGGUGACCAAGGCCCUAGUGGGCUCCCUGGAAAACCUGGCAUCCCAGGGGAGAGGGGCAUCCCUGGUCCAGCUGGGUCUAUUGGAAAACCAGGAGCCAAAGGUGAAGGGGGGCAUAUUGGCCUACCUGGGAAUCCAGGGCUGACAGGUGCUCCAGGGCCUAAAGGUGAGACAGGGUUUAUGGGGGCUCCAGGACCCAGGGGUCAGUCUGGCAUCCCUGGUCUUCAAGGGCCUUUGGGUCCCAUGGGGCCACAGGGUGUCCCUGGACUGAAAGGUGAACCUGGACUGCCAGGGGUUCCAGGGCUAGGUAAGGUGGGAGAGAAGGGAGCUCCAGGUCCCCAGGGUCCACCAGGGAAACCAGGCACUUCUGGGCUUAAUGGCAACCCAGGUCCUCCUGGCCCUCCUGGGCCUCCAGGACCUCCAGGAAAUGGCCAUACAGUUGUUGCAGGGCCAACAGAUACACAGUUGGAAGGGGAUGAAAUUCCAAGAGACAGGAAGGGGCCUGUGUUUAGCCAAGGUGUACUCUCUGCCUCAGUAGCACCAGCCUUCACUGCCAUCCUCACCACACCUUUUCCUCCCUCUGGCAUGCCCAUCAAGUUCGACAGGACCCUGUAUAAUGGGCAAAAUGCCUACAACGCUGCUACUGGCAUGUUCACUGCUCCUCUGUCUGGUGUCUACUACUUUGCCUAUCACAUGCAUGUAAAGGGAACCAGCCUGUGGGUGGCACUGUACAAGAACAAUGUACCAGCCACCUACACCUAUGAUGAAUACAAAAAGGGUUACAUGGACCAAGCAUCUGGUAGUGCUGUGCUGGAGCUGAAGGAGGGUGACCAGGUAUGGGUCCAAAUGCCUUCAGAUCAGGCUAAUGGCCUCUAUUCCACCGAGUACAUCCACUCCUCCUUCUCAGGAUUCCUCCUUUGUCCCACAUAACCCUGUCCUUUCAUUCAUACAUGUCCAUGUGUUGGUGCCUACGAGCAGCCCUAAACCUAAAAUACCUGCAGCCAUAAUAGAAACAAAAACCCCAUAAAACGAUCAAUGUUAUUGUCAUCACCUUCAUCAGUGUCACCCUCAACAACAUCAGCAAAAGAAAGUAAAGAAAAAAACUUUGUGAAUGAAAAGAUGGAAAGCGUUCAAAGGCAGGGGAAGGAGUUUCAUGCUGUGUUCUGUAUUUUAUGUCUUUCAAAUGUCUGUUUUGGUUUGUGUUUUCAUGUUGAUGUGUUUUUUUAGCUUAUAUUAUUUUAAUUAUUAUAUUGUCAUAAUUUUAUUGUUAUUAUUUUGUCCUUGUCAUCAUUGUUGUUGUUGUUUAUUGGGUUCAGACUAUUAAGUGUCUUACUUUGCAAUGUGUAAGUAACAGACCUUCCCAUGUGACUGCACAUCCUGCCCAUAUGCUCUGACAUCAUUAGGAUGACAUCACCAGACCCUGGGGAGCUGAUUGGUUCCCCUGGCUGCAGUCACUUCUGGCACAAAACUCAUAUGUGUACUUAUUUAAAUAGUGAAAGAGGCAUAUUGACAUGAAAAGAGCAACAAUAUAAAAUGCAAAAUAUAUAGAGAUGCAGUAGCAUAACCAAGCCUUCAGUGUCACAGUACCUUUUUUUUCAGUUUACAAUUGUUUGACCCUUUUGGUAGAAUAAACAGAUCUUACAUUAAAUGUAUCAAUGGAAAUAAGCCUUUAUUCAUAAAGUGAGAUAUUUUUUCAACAUUUAGUUUGUAUAAGCAUCUCUUGGGGUGCUUGUUUCACUCUGAAUGUAAAAGUUGUCCAUUUAAAAUUAGUGGCUAAAGACAUAAAGACAUAAUUACAUCUUAUGCUCUAUAAUUGUGUAAAAUCCACAAAAAUAUUCAAGAAUGUAUGAGUAUGAAAAUAAUCUAACAGUAUUUGAACUAGUGAAAUCAAAUUGCCCUUUUGAAAAGCAUCAACAACAUCAUGCAAGGACAACGAUUUUUUUUUUUUAUUUUAUUUUUUUUUUACUUUCAGUACAAUAUUAAUUGAGGACGAUAUGUAUGCAUACAAUCAAUGUUUUUAUGCCAUAGAGUAGAUACUGAGAGCAACUGCAAAUGGACAGUUUGGAGCCAACUGUUGCUGUAUCAAUGGCCUGCUUUCUUGAAUCGAUCUAGUGGAUACUCCCAUUCCCCAUUUGCACUGCAAAUCCGAACAUGUCACAAUUACCCUUGUCAAUUAGCUCUGACCGUGACAUCACUGCUUUCUAAUGCUAUACUACCUGUUGAGAAAUCAAUAUAACAUACCAAGUGAACAAUCUACAUUAGAGCACACUUUAAAAGCCCCACCUUGAUCUCAUAAUGAAAAUAUGAAGUCUGUAAAUGUGCUGUAAAGUGGUUUAGAUUUGGGAAAUAGGGAGGCGAAUGGAUGAGAAAUACAACACCUUGCAAUCUUUCUUCCUUCAGUGCCAUUUUCCAUCUGACUUGUAGUUGGGAACAUGAGAGCCGUCUCAAGCAUUUGUAGAUCUGAAUGAAAAUACUUUCUAUGUAUUCCCAAAACACCACGUCAGUUUAGCUGAAUUAUUGAUUAGCUUAAUGGGACAUCCCUGGUAACAAAGACAGGAUGUUUUUGGAACUGAAUAAUGUCAAACCAUGCAGUAGGACAUGAGCAUCAAUAUUCAUUUACUCCAUGAAUAAGUAAAGGGACUGACUAAGGCCCACUGUUUUGAAAGACAGGUUGCAUAACAUUUAACAAACCCCUGCCAGAUUUCUGGGAUAGUUGGUGGGCUAGAGGUGAGACUGGUGUAUUUACUCAUUUCUGUUGGAUGAAACAUUAAAGAUACGCGCUGUAUGCGCAUGUGCUUGUAUGCUCUAUUACUACCAUUUUUCCUGGUUACUGUGUGUAUGUUGGUGUGUGUAUGUGUGAGUGUGUGUGUGUGUGUGUGUGUGUGUGUGUAAGGGGGGUGGGGGUCAUGAACACUUAGCAAGGAUAAUAAUAAACUUGAGCGAUGUUACAAAAGCUUUGGAAGAAUUUGCAAUCCAGUCAAUGUUCCACAUGUUUUGGCCUUCAUAGGGUUUAUAAGAACAUCCCAUAUAGCUUUACAUUACAACACUCCAACAGUGCCUUUUGCAAAGUAAGGGAACAAAUUAUGAAAUAGGUCAUAGAUGGAUAAAAUGAUAGCAGAAGAAUAAAGGAAGGAAAAUAAAACAACUGAUAAAAUUAAAUAUAAAGAGAACAUUUCUAGACAUUAAUUCCUGGCUACUGAGAAGGUUAUUUUUCAUAUUGGUCAAAUGAGUGGCAUACAGUGUAUUGUUGUGCACUAAUUCUUUGUUGAACCAAGUCACGAACAAAAGAGAGAUUGUAUCAAGUGAAAAAAAAAAAAAAAACUUUACACAGUGAUCUUUUAUCAAGGGCUGCAGUGACAGGAAAGUUAGAAGAGAGAAGGAAAGGAAAUCGGAGAAACGGUGAUAGACGUGGUUUUACAAUGAAAAUUUUGAAGUUAUGAUAUUGUCUGCUUUGCCUUUAGGUGUAUUAGUUCAGGAGGGAUUCCUACGUAAGUGGUUUUGCAUGGUAAAGGCACAUGGCUGACGAUAACAAAUGCCGCCAAAACACUUUCAUUACACUGAAUUUAGGACUACCUUAUGCCUUAAUGAUGGAAUGUCAAUGUACAGGAUUGUGCCAAACAUUGAUCUUCACAAUCAGAAUGAAUGUAUGCUGACUGACUGAUUUACAAUAGUAGCAAUAAAGUAACAACCGUACUGUCUCACUAUACAUAGAGAACAACAAUUCAAGUUGCUCUGGAAAAGCAGUCCUAAGAUAAGGCCUAAUCAGUAUUUUACAUCUAUGUAAUGCAAACAAUGCACUUGCUCUUGCCCUAUCUGUUUCAUAACAUAAAAACACCUACAAUCAUUUAUGUAUCAUUAUUGUUGUGAGUCUUCUAGAUGAUGCAAGGCUCGUUGUGUACUGUAUGUUGCAUUUUUUUUUAUGUGUCCUCCUUUUAGACAUUUGAAAUGGCGAUUUGAGUUACAUGUGGCUAUGACUCUGUCCUUGAUGUUUUCAUAGACAAUGUCACUUGCUUGCAGAGUUUGCCCUGUGUGCAAAUCAUUUAACAAGUGUCAGUAAGAUCCAUGUGCUGUCUCAAUCACAAAUUGCUUUUAAUUGUUUUAUAUUUUUCUUGAUAAAAAAAAAGAAAGGAAAAAAAAAAACUUGCUUCGGUUCUUAAGGGAUAUUUGUUUGUUUUAGUUACGAUAAAUACAAACGGCCAUUCCCAUUUGCACAUGAAAUUAAUGAAGAUGUAUUUAUACAUUUGUGAUAAUUUAAUAGGAAUGCCAAAACCGACCACCGAAGCCUAGAACGUAUAAAUGGUAUUUAACAGCAUUGAUGAGUUAAGAGCAUUUACAACAUGUAGUUAGCAUUCUAGAGUUGUUUGUGAAGGAUUAUUUGUGGACUUUUAUUUUCUAUUUGUGUAAUGUACAAUGUAUCAACUUAUAGGAUUUUUGUCUUAAUACAUGGCUAUUGCGUGCACUCUAUGCAAUAGAAUUUGGGUAUAAAAUGCACUCUUUUUGAUUGAAAAUGUUUUGUCAGCUUAUACAAAAUCUACAGUACUUGAUUGUAUUGAUACCACAUCAAUAAAUACUUUCUUGUA